CCGAGCGUGCAAUAUGUGAUAUUUGCAGAUUCGGUUGUUUACGCUUUGGAUGGAUUACUACUCUUGUUUUUUUUUUUCGUCCGGUGAGACAGGAUGCGUAUCGACGGUUCGAUCGGGACGUGAUUUGUGAAGCUGUGAUUUAUUGCGUUUGUUUGAUGCCUUUCUCGCUGCAUUAAACAAUGUGAUUAAAAUGUUUUUGUAAGAAGUGUCAAGAUACCCGAGACUGAAUUUUUUUGGUGCGGUUAAGUGAACAGAUACUCGAUGAGUAGACUUAUAAGGCCCUACAAAGGGAGCCGCCAUUGGUUCUUCGUUUCAUUGACGCUUAUCAGUGUGGCGUCGGCUGAAUACAAAGGCCUUUACACGCCAUUUCUUUCCAAUGCCCAUGAAACCAUUCCAAAAAGAGUUACCCCCACAGCAGAACAUCUAUCCGACGAUGUCACAACAUACCACAAAAGCUCAGAUCCUGUACAUUUUAAUAUAUCAUUGGAAGAAGACGUAUAUUUUUUAGUUCUUCGGCCAUCUAACGCCUUCUUUACAAAGUCAGUAGUAAUAGAACGAAGAAGUAGAGAUAAUUAUACAAGGAUGGAACCUUCUUUAAAGGGGAGAUCGUGUCAUUUCCAGGGGAUAAUCGAUGGCCAGGAAAAUUCGAGGGUUGCUGUUUCUGCGUGUAACGGAUUGACAGGUGUUAUUAUUUCCAACAAGGGAAAGUACUACAUCGAGCCUGCUCACCAUCCUUCGAAAAAAGUCCAACCUGGACACAAACAUUUAAUUUAUAAGCGAUCUGCAGCGCUAACCAAUUACCCAAAGAGGCGAAAAAAGAAAAGAAGAAGGCAGAAUAACUGUGGUACGAGAGUACCAAAGCGAUGGACACUUUUAGAGUGGCAAAAUCAACAUGGAAAGCUCAAAGUUCAGAGAAAGAAACCCAAACCAAGAAAUGUUGUAAAAAUACCAAACGUGCGCAGAUCCAACAUGAGAAAAUAUAAAUACAGAAGAAAUAAAAAGAAAAUUGGAAGGAAUCAAAGGUCUGUUAGUUUAAACCAUUAUGUGGAGACUUUAGUCGUUGCUGACGCAAGUAUGGUGGAUUUCCAUCAGGAUGGGGAUAUUGAGACAUACAUCUUAACUUUAAUGAAUAUGGUUUCAAUGCUAUUUCAAGACCCAAGUCUCGGCAACAGCGUCAGCAUCGUCGUCGUCAAAAUCAUCCUCAUAGAAGACCCCCAAUCGGAACCAGUCCUUAACGUUUCCACGAACGCAGACGUUACCCUUCGAUCGUUCUGUAAAUGGCAGCUGGGUCUUAAUCCCGGAAAAGACUCGCAUCCCCAUCAUCACGACGUCGCUAUAUUGGUCACCAGGAAGGAUAUUUGUGCGAGGCAGGAGGCGCCGUGUGGAACUUUGGGUGUUGCGCAUAUUGGUGGCAUGUGCAAGGCAAGCAGAAGUUGUAGUGUCAAUGAAGAUAACGGAAUCAUGUCGGCGCAUACCAUUGCGCAUGAAUUGGGUCACAAUUUUGGUAUGAUUCACGAUACAGAAAAAACUGGAUGCAAACGAAGAGAAGGUAACGUCAUACAUAUCAUGACGCCAAAUUUCGAAGCUGAUACUGUGACUGUCAACUGGUCGAAUUGUAGCAGAAAAGACAUUACCAGAUUCUUAGAUAAAGGUUUGGGUCAAUGCCUCAAAGACAAACCGAAAGAUUUGGAUAGGUACAAGUAUCCUGACCUUCCAGCCGGUGUUAUGUACGAUGCCAACUAUCAGUGUAAGUUACAGUUUGGAAAAAAGGCGACACUAUGCACCCCUCCAGAUGAGAUAUGCUUACAUCUAUGGUGCUCCAUUAAUAACACUUGCACUACCCUUCUCAGACCAGCUGCCGAGGGGACGUAUUGCGGAAAACAUAAAUGGUGCAAGGAUCGCGAAUGUGUCUUAAUGUUGGAACCUCCUGCGCCCAUCGACGGCGGUUGGGGAGACUGGAGCUCGUGGAGCGAAUGUUCCAAAUCCUGCGGCGCGGGAGUUUCUGUGAUGGAGAGAGAGUGCAACCACCCGACGCCCGCCUAUGGCGGGAAAUACUGCGUCGGCGAGAGAAAGAGAUAUCGGAUAUGCAACACUCAAGCUUGUCCACCUGGGGAGCCUACAUUUAGAGCGAAGCAAUGUUCCGAACACGACGAUGAGGUUUACGAAGGAAGGAAAUAUAAGUGGCAGCCAUAUUUCGAUGAAGGUGAACCUUGCCAGUUAUAUUGCAGCGACGCCAAUGAGACAGUGAUCGUUCCCUGGGGAGAGUACGCCAAAGAUGGAACACCCUGCAGCGUAGUUUCUAGAGACGUUUGCAUUUCAGGUAUAUGCAAGAAAGUCGGCUGUGACUGGGUGGUGGACUCCCAAACAGAGGAGGACGAUUGCGGCAUUUGUCAAGGAGAUGGGAGUAAGUGCGACAAAAAGCAAGGGGUCUACGAUAAACAAAAUUGGUCUCCCGGCUACAGGGAAAUUGUGGUCAUACCGAAGGGGGCCAGAAAUAUACGAAUCGAGGAGAAAGACCAUUCAGCCAACUACAUCAGCAUUGGAAGUGCCCUCGAAAGGAAGUUUUAUCUCAACGGGGAGCGGCAUAUUUUCCUCCCUGGGGAAUACACCGUUGCUGGAACACAAGCUUUGUAUGGGAGGGACAAUCAUUUAGAAAAAAUUCGAAUCCCUGGCCCGAUAAUGGAGCCCAUCGUUGUUUAUAUCUACUACAGAGGAAAUACUUUUAAUCCAGGAGUCAAAUACAAAUACUCGAUCUGGAAACAAGCGAAACCCAUUGAAGUAAAAUACUUGUGGAUUCUCGGCGAGUGGUCCCAGUGCUCUGUCACUUGCGGUGGUGGUACUCAACAGCGAGAACCUCUUUGCCAAGAAUUAGUGCUAGAAAGAAUGUCAUCUGAAAUAGAACGGCCAAAUGUUGUCGACGAAUAUUACUGUGAACCGCAAGAUAAGCCCGAUAUGCAGAUGAGGGCUUGCAACGAGGAUAACUGUCCAUCUAGAUGGUGGUUCGGGCCCUGGCAAGCCUGUAGUGCAUCAUGUAUGGGGAAGGGAAAGAAACCUAUGAAACGCCGAAGUGUGGUGUGUGUUGACGGUACAGAGAUGGCGCUACCGGACAAAUUUUGCGAUAAAAGAAACAAGCCAUUCGAAUACAAGCCUUGCACAUCUAUACCAGUUUGUGAAGAUAUCUAACUUAUGUUUUUUUUAUUAAUAAAGUACUUAAUAC